AUGGCUGAUAUUGAUACGCUUUCUGGAGGUAUAGUAAGGCUUCAAGUUGCUGAAGCAGAAGUUAACAACAUAUCCAUUCGAUUCCUUGAUCGUAAGAAUGGCGAACCAACAAAAGGGAAGACAAGUCCUGAGAUGAUACUACAGCAGCUUACAACAAAGAAGGGACAGAUAAUUUUUGGACUCUCUCAGCUUAGAUGUAAAGAUAAGUUGCUAACGAAAACAUCAUAG